ACAGCUGUCUCUUGAAGGUCAUCACUGCCAGAAAUGGAACAUGAAGCUGACGGUCUGCUUUGGAGACACAAAGGUCGUAGUUCCUUGUGGUUCAGGGAACUUAACGGUUAGAGACUUGACUCUCAGUGGUUUAAGGAGGGUUAGGCAUACUUUACCGAAGCUCGGACCACAGGAUCGCAUUGUCGUCCACAGCAUCAAUGUUGCUAGAGAUGGUGGUAUGCUUGAUUGGGAUGAUUUGGUCUGCGAUGUGGUAGACGAUCGUGAAAUGGUUACUGCUCACUUUUCGGUCGCCACCUUAUCAAACAAUAUCAAGGAUUCUUGUCCAAAUCGACCCUCAACUGCCCUUGAUUCUAUAUUUCAAUCGCUUUCCACACCCUUAGUUGUCGAUUUAUGUUCUGAUAGUGCUAUCGAGCCUUCAUUUCAUAGUCCCAUCCAGUCUAGCGGGGCUAGUGAAUUUAGAGAUAGUGGAUUGAAUCUCGCACCUCCUUGUGGAAUUGGAUUAAGACAAACUGACAUCAAUGGUCAUAUCGCAGACAGGCUUCUGCGUAUCGGAGAUGGAAGUACAAGCAGUAGUAACUUAAGUUUAAAUCUAAGUAAUGAUAGCUGUGGAUUGCAUCAACCAAAUGGAGCGCAUACAUCUCAGUUCCCUGGUGAUAUCCACGAAUGGCUUCUGAAUGAGUCUUCCCAUGAUUCUAAUGCAGCGCUGCAUCCCAACAUUAAAGUGAAUUGUGUUUCAGAAGUAUCCUCUUCUGGCAAUAAAGAGAAAUGUUUUACAACCUCCUCAGCUUCUCAGUCACCACCUACUUGCUUCAAUACAAUAUCAAGUACUUGUGAACGACUGAAAAGUUCUCCGGUUUCGUGCAAUAAAUCCUGUCCGAAUAGUAUCACCAUAAAUGAUACAGCAAUUUCAAAGCAUUGUCAAAGAACACUUUCACCGAAUGUCUUUGAAAUGCUCUCAAAUGUCUUAUCUCGCCGUCGUGAUCUUAUUGAGUCUGGUUGGGAUUCUGAUGAUGAAGAUGAAGAUGCAUUUGAUCCUGAUGGAGGCUAUUCAUACGAUUGCCAAGUAGGUGAACAGCAGAAUGAAUUUGUGUCAUUACCCAAUGGUAAUACUAUCCUUCACUCAGAUACCAUAAACAAUAAUUCAGAUAUAUUACCUAAUUCUUUACCUGGAGGAAACCACUGUUGUUUAGAUGUCACAGAAAGUAAUAGUCACCAUGAAAAUACUAACGAUAACUUUUCGGUGACUCUUACACCAAGCGGAACUUGUGAUAGACCAAGUAAUCACCCUGUUUUAUCAACUGCAGAUAUUUGGCCUCUCCCACCUCCACCUUUUACUGCUUCCGAUGUUCCACAUGUUAAUAUUCCUACUAAUCUCCCAUGUAGAAUACAUUCUCCAGAAGACGAAUAUCAUAUAGGUAUAAAUACUGAACGACUGAUACGUGCAGUUCAAAGUCAUAAUUCAUUUUCAAGUUCGAAUGGUUCCGACCGAUUUUGCACAACUUCAGACAUAGUGUCUAAUUCAUUAGUCAGUCAGUCAGAACUCCGAAAUCCCCUCAGUUAUUCUCAGCCUAAUUUGGUCACACAGUAUGACGAUUCUAUUCGACAACAAAAUAUGCAACAUUUAUCGAAUACUCAUAUAGCAGAAAAUAAUAUGGUUAGUAAUUCAUUACAUCAGUCGAGACCGGACCAUGUACAGUCUCAAUACUCACACACAUGUAAUGUCAACUCAACAAAAUCUCUUGUUAUAACAAGUCGUCCUAUUGGCGGUCUCUCCUAUUCCCGAACAACAACACGUUUAGGAACAGCAUUUCAAAGCAAUUUAACUGUUCCAACUAUAGUUGAAGAAGAAGAAGAAUAUUCGGUAGAUUCUGAAAGACAACUUCCGAAUUUGCCGGAAUAUGAAACAGAACACCAAUUUAUCGACAUGUUAAAGUCUAGAACUAAUCCUCUACUUAAUAAUAAUAUUGAUAUUAAUGAAGCAAAUGAAGAAGAUUAUCCACUUCUACGUAAAGAUUAUGUUUUGGAAAAAGAUCAAACAUCUGUCCAAAAAUGCGGUGUACUACAUGUGAAUACAAUUAAUAAUGAUAAAUGUAAUCCUAGUUCAAAUGAAUUACACUUGUCUAAUCUUCAAUUUCAUUCAAAUGAUAAUCCAUUAAUAACAAAUAACCAUUCUAUUCGUGGUCUACCUAAACCGGAUGUAAUUCGUUGGCUUGAAAAUACUCGUGAUGCUACUAUGAGUAAUAAUUGUCAAGUUAUAAGUAAAUCUGGUUUAUCACAUCUUUCAUCAUCUGCAUCAUUAAAUCAAUCAGAUUUCAAUACAGAUGAUCAUCAACCAAUUAAUGAAGUACCUGAAAAAAUAUCUUUGAAUAUCAUUGAAUCACCUUCAGUGAAUAAAUCUCAGGAAUCAAUAAAUAGUAAAGACUCAGUAGUGACAAUUCGUCUGAUAAAUACUAAACGUGGUGAAAAUUUAGGUAUACAAAUCAAACCUGUCUUUUCGGAUGUCUUUAACUCUAACAAUGAUAAUUGUUCAGAUAAUAAUGGCGGAUCAAGAAUUGAAUGUGGUCUUGAAGUUCAUUGUAUUUUACCGAAUGGGCGUGUAGCACGUGAGCAAUGUUUAUCUGUUGGAGAUCGGAUUUUAAGUAUUAAUGGAAUUUCAUUAAGCGGUAUACCAUUUGAAAAGGGUCGUGAUAUAUUUCAAGAGGCAUUAAAUGAACCAGAAAUAAUACUUCGUGUACUUCCUCAUUCAGCCUACCAAUACAGUUCUUCACUAUCUAUACAAAACAUUGAUAAAAUAAACAGGACAACUACAGAGAAAUCAGAGAAACCUUCAUGUGGUCUAAUUGUUAUCGUAUCCGAUCCAUUAUCUAAAGCUAAAGAAGUUGAAAUUAAAUCUAAUUCAAAUCAGUUAAAACCUAUACCACCACCACCACCUCGUCGUUCUCCCAACACUGUAUUAACUCGUAUUCCAGAAGGAAUUAUUAAACCAUUAAUUGACGAAUUUUUAAAAGAGAAAAAACAACAAGAAAAUAAUAAUAAUCAAUUACCAUCAUCACAAGAGUUAACAAAAUCUGUUGUCAACUCACAAACAAAUAUUGUUAAUAAUAGUGAUGAUUUGCACGCAUUUACUUAUCAUACAAUUCAUUUAUGCAAAGGUUCUAAUGGAUUGGGAUUUAGUUUAACUAGUCGUGAUUCAUUGACAUCAUCUGGUCAAAAAGUUAUCUGUGUGAAAAAUAUACUACCAGGUGGAGCAGCUCUAAUCGAUGGCCAAUUAAAACCUGGUGAUCUUCUAAUGAAGGUUGAUAAUAUUGAUGUGAAUGAAAUUGGUCAAGCACAAACUGUUGCAUUAUUACGAAGUAAACCUGUAAAUACUUUUGUUACUUUAGUUGUCAAACGAUCAAGAAAUAAUUGCCAUAAUGCAGAUAUCAAUAAUAAUAAUAAUAAUAAUAAUAAUAAUAAUAAUAAUAAUAAUAAUAAUAAUAAUAAUAAUAACCAUAAUCUUGAUCAAGCAUGUCUACCUGAUUUGAAAACUAUGCAACCAUCUGUUAUCUGUACAAUAGCAUCAAGUUGUUGUAUAAAUACUGUAAAUGAACAACCAACAAAAUCAAUAUUAUCUUCAAUAUCCUCAUUAUCAUCAACAUCACAACCAAUAACACAACAACAUAAUGAAAGAGUGAUUGUGGAACAACCAUCUAGUCAUGAUAUAAAAAUACCUGAUAAGCUAUCCGAAUGGAAUUGUUGUUCAUCCGACAUCUCUCAAAAAUUCCAUCCCCUUCCACCUUCACAUCCUUCAUAUAAACUUCAUGAAAUCGAUUCAUCUCACUGGUCAAUUUAUUUAUUGAAUAUACAUUUACCUUUGACAAAAGUCAAUGAAUCCGAUAAAAUUACAACAAUACGACAAUAUACAGAUUCUACUGUACAUCAAUCAACAGUUAAACGAUAUACAGGUAAUCCUGUCACCUUAGGUGUAAGUGUAUCAGUAAGACGCUUGUCAAAUAAUUUGUUUGUUAAUAGCAAUGAUGCCCUUGGUGGUGGACUCAGUAGUUCUGCUACUGCUACUGCUAAUACCACUGUUACUGUUAAUGAAAAACAUUCAAGUGUACAAAUUGAUAAAACUAAUGAUUCACAAUGGAAUGCUGUCUUUGUAAGAACUGUAAUUGAUGGUGGUCCUGCUUAUCAAGAUGGACGUUUACAAGUUGGUGAUCGUUUAUUAACUAUAGAUGAUCAAAAUUUAUCUGGAUUAUCUACUACUGAUGCACUUAAUCGUCUAAAAUCUGUUAUUGCAAAAGAUUUGAAUGAAUCUCCUCAUCCAUGUGUUCAUCUUUUGAUUGCUCGACCUCGGGAUGGAAUUGAUCCAGAUAAUUCUUAUACAAAUUCUAUGGAAAAUAAAAGUGAGAAUGCAAAUAAUAAAAUCGCCAGUUCUAAUCAGCGUAAAUCUUUCUCGGAAGUGGCAACAAAAGAAUCACAUAAUGAUAAUAGUGCUAAUUCAAAACCGCUACUAGUCUCUGCUGUAGUACACUCAUCGGAAUCUGUUUCAAUGGCCGGGGGGAAUUCACAUGAUUCAUGUAAUCCACCUGGAAAAUACUCUUUAUCAUCUAAUCAUCUUGCUGUAACCAACUUAUCACCGUCAUCAUCGUCACAACAUCUACAAUCACAAAAACAAUCCACCAAUCUCUCUAACACCUCUUAUCCUCUGUGUCUAAUUCAAAAUUCUCAGUCCAAUGAAGAAAUGUCAAAAAUUUUGCAUUUAAAAUCAACUACUUAUAAUUCUACUGUAAAUGUCAAUAAUUCCCAUGAAACUACUACCAAAUCUGCUUCUUCAUCAUUAUUAAUAUGUAAUACAAAGACUAAUGAAAACAACGAUGAAAAUAUUGAUGUCAAUAGGACUAAUUAUCAUGAUGAUGCUAAUAACUGUAAUACUGUUACUAAUUCACUCAUUAUUAAUAAUAGUUUUCAAUGUGAUUCAAAAACAGUUAACAUUGAUUAUUGCGCGGUGAAAAAAGUUCAAAUCCCUGUAACUUCCUGCUCAACUCUUAAACAUUUAGAUUCCAUUCCUGCAUCUAAUUCAAAUGGUACAUCUGAGCAUAGCCAUCAUCAUUAUCGUCGUCGUCAUCAUCACUAUCGCGAUAAUGAAAAAUUCUAUCUUAAUUCAAAGAGCUGUUAUAGUAAUUUAGAUCAAGAUUCAAAAAAACGAUUAUCGAAUUACUCAUCGUCAUCAACAGAAAUAUUAUGUAAUUAUCAACAUAAUUUAUGUAAAUACCGAUCGAAUGAUAACAUUGUUAUUGAUGAUGAUCAUGACAGUGAUGAUGAUAUGGAUCGUGAUAAGUCAUCGAUGAUAUGUUAUCAAUACUUAACAGAUGAUUCCGAUUUGAAUUAUGAUGCUACUCCUCCUCUGUCGGAUCCUGAAACUGAACGUUAUAGUUAUAAAUUAGAUUUACUCAGUGAAUUAAGUCUUUCUUCAGUCUCUGGCGCUGCUGGUGACCAAAUAUUAAAUAUGAAUAUUCAGAAAAAUCCAAUAACCAAUAAAUCCACUUUACAUAAAUGUUACUAUACACAUGGUAAAUAUUUAAUUGAUAAGAAAUGUAAAUAUCGUGUUGUAUAUCGUCAACCGAGAAUAGACUUUAGUCAAAUGGUACUUGUACCAUUUGAUCCAGCCUCAUGGAAUGGUCCAGUGUUAAAACCGAGAACAGCGUUGAACUCAGAAGAACUACAACUUAUUGUCGAUAUGCCGAAUUCAUUUUCUUCUUUACAAAAUAAUAAUAAUAAUGUUGAACAACAACCUAAUAAAAAUAUAGAAAGAAAAGGGAAUGAUUCCGUUGUUGAUGUUGAUAGUAUGUGUAAUAAACAAAAUGCAAAAUGUAUCGAUAAUGAAACUGUUCGUGUGAGAAAAACACAUCCAAAAACUGUAAUCAGUAAAUUAUUCAGUCUAGUUAAAACAACUACUCAUCGACGUACUAUUGAUGAUCAGAAUACAAUAUCAGAUUUCGAAAAUAAUACAGAAUCUCAAUUACCUACAGAUGAUAACGUCCAAACAAUUUUGUCUAGUGAAAAUGUUAAUGAUAUUGAAAAAAGAAAUAAUUGUUUAAUCAAUUUGCCAAAUAAUACAAAUACACUUUCAACCAUGCAAAAUAAUUUAUAUGUAGAAAGUUCAGCAAAGAAUUUGCUUAAACCUCAAUCGGAUCAGUCAAUCGACUUACAACUUUGUGCAAACAACAAAAUUACUAAUCCUAUCGAAAGAUCAUCACGUUCAUCUUGUUAUGCAACACUUCAUGAAAGACUUGAACCUCCAAUCCAUAUCUAUGAUACUGCACAUAAUAUUCAAAUAAAUAACACUAAUGAUCACAAAUCUGAUUUAUCGAAUCCAAGUAAUGAACAAGUAACAUUACUAGAUGCGAAAUAUCCCUCUUCUUUUGCACCUCAGUCUAAUAUCAUUCAAACAACUACAGAAAAUGUGGUUGUAAAUCAACCUGAAGAUACCAGUUUAACACAAUUACAAACAACAAAGUAUGCUGAUUUAUCGUUUUUACCAAAUUCAUCUUUAAAUAGUCCGUUAUCAUGUAUGCCAUUAUUAUUGACAGAUACCACAAGUCAAUCACUCCACAAACCCCUUCUGAUAAUUAAAGAGUUAACAAGUCAACAACAACAACAGUCACAACAUCGUUCCAUCUCUUCUUCUAACCAACAUCAUCUCACUAGUUUAUCUAAAAGUGCUGUGAAUCGUCUGUAUGAUAUUGAAAUCAGCUCAUGUUCAACUGCUUAUGAAUCAGUUAUGGAGUAUACACCAACUUGUGACGAUGUUACUUCCAAACAGAAAACAACCAGAGAAGUUUACGAAGAUGCUGAAGUAUUAUAUCGACACUUAUCUGAUUUGAAACAAUCAAACAAUUCUGAUAUACAAACAACAGUAAUAGAUUCAUCUCAUUAUCAUUAAUAAAUUUUUUUUUACAAUCUUCAUAUACAUACAGUUUGUACACAAAUUAUUAGUUCUCUGAAUCAAAAAUAUUAUCUGUGUAUAUGUAUUGUCACAAAAACAAUAUACCUUAUAAAAUUCUAUAUUCAAACAUCACUUCCUAACUCUUUCUACAUUCAACUAUCUAUAUAUUUAUUGACAUUACUCUUGUUAGUACUGCGAUUACUGUCUAUUAUUAUUAUUAUUAUUAUUAUCGUAAUAAUUAACACAUAUUCUUAAUCAUUAUUCAAGAUUCUGUGAUGAUGGCGAAUACUAAAUAAGCAUAACGCAAUUCAACUUAAUGCUUAUAUGUUAAAUGUGAUGAUAAUCGUUUUUAUGCAUUUGUUUUGUGGAACAUAAUGGGAUUUAUACAGAAUAGAAAUAAUAAUGCUACAAAAAAAAGAUUAAAGUAGGCAGGGUUCGGUAAUCAAUGUGGAUUCCUCUUAAGAUAUUCAUGUGUUAUAUGCAUUUCAUAUAUUUUUGUCCCGUUAUCCUAUUAUCAUUGUUUUUUUCUUUUAUUAUUACUAACUUCAUCAGUAAAAAUAUUUUAGCAUUUAUUAUCUUAAUUAUAAUGAUAAUGAAGAUCACUAUCAUUAUUAAGAAAGAAUAUUCUUUCAACUAUUUUCGUUUCUAUGCACACCUCCUACAAACGAACCAACCACCAAGACACGUGACUGUCUACAAUGGUCGGGUAGAUUUGUUUUCCUUUUUCUCUUUUGAUAGUUGUAUUUUCACGGCUAAAAGUGCAACUUUGAUAAUAAUAAUAAUAAAGAUUAGAACAAUGAAUAACCUUGUCUCGUAAAAAGAAAUUGACGUAUUAUUUGUGAAAAAUUCUCUAAAACAUUUUUUUCCAAUGUGAAUAAGAGGAUGAUUGAUGAUAGCGAUAUGUUAUGCUGUAUCAGAAAGUGCUGUGAUUCUUUUAACUUAAAAUUACAUUUAACAUUAUUAUCAUUUUUCGUAUCCUCCGUUGACGUGAUCAGAAUUACACAAAAGCCAACUGUAAACUAUUGAUAUACCAUUAUAACUCGCAUUUCACUCUCCAUUAUACUUCAUGAAAUGUUUGUAAUUCUAUAUCUCUUCGUUUUUUGUUUUGUUUUCAAUAAGAUGGUAACCUUGCAUUUAUUUCAUAACUGUGUUCUUUUAUAAUCAGCAUUUACUCUGACAUAUAUUUAACAACGAUGAUCUUAUUCAUACAUGACUUCGUUUACAGUUUUUUUUUGUGUUACUUUACAAUUUACAAACCCAAAAACUACUUGAGACUCAUAGAUCAAAAAUAAAGCAUUUGAUAAUUUUUUUAUUUGUCUACUUACAUUUUACUGGUAAUAUAGUAUCUAAAUCAAUGUGAAAUUUGGAUACUGUGUAUUUUUGACCUGUAUUUCCAAAAGAAUUCUUCGGCUUACAUUACAAUGGUAACUUAAUUGUC